CCUCCCUCCCCUGCAGCCCGCCGCCUGCCCUCCCGCCGGCCACACCGGGCUCCAGGGGGGCCAGAGGCUCUGCGGGGUGGGGGGAGGACAGGAGGGGAGGAGGAGGGAGGGGGACCCCCGAGUCGCCCCCUCUCCUCCCCCCGCCCCCCGGCUCCAUCCUCCGCCGCCGCCCGAGCAGCUGCGGGGCCGCCGCCGCCGCCUUUGCAGGCUGAGUCAUCACUAGAGAGUGGGAAGGGCAGCAGCAGCAGAGAAUCCAAACCCCAAAGCUGGUGUCACAAAGUACCAUUUCUCCAAGUUGGGGGCUCAGAGGGGAGCCAUCAUGAGCGAUGUUACCAUUGUGAAAGAAGGUUGGGUUCAGAAGAGGGGAGAAUAUAUAAAAAACUGGAGGCCAAGAUAUUUCCUUUUGAAGACAGAUGGCUCAUUCAUAGGAUAUAAAGAGAAACCCCAAGAUGUGGAUUUACCUUAUCCCCUCAACAACUUUUCAGUAGCAAAAUGCCAGUUAAUGAAAACAGAACGACCAAAGCCAAACACAUUUAUUAUCAGAUGUCUCCAGUGGACCACUGUUAUAGAGAGAACAUUUCACGUAGAUACUCCAGAGGAAAGGGAAGAAUGGACAGAAGCUAUCCAGGCUGUAGCAGACAGACUCCAGAGGCAAGAAGAAGAGAGAAUGAAUUGUAGUCCAACUUCACAAAUUGAUAAUAUAGGAGAGGAAGAGAUGGAUGCUUCUACAACCCAUCAUAAAAGAAAGACAAUGAAUGAUUUUGACUAUUUGAAACUACUAGGUAAAGGCACUUUUGGGAAAGUUAUUUUGGUUCGAGAGAAGGCAAGUGGAAAAUAUUAUGCUAUGAAGAUUCUGAAGAAAGAAGUUAUUAUUGCCAAGGAUGAAGUGGCACACACUUUAACUGAAAGCAGAGUAUUAAAGAACACUAGACAUCCCUUUUUAACAUCCCUGAAAUAUUCCUUCCAGACAAAAGACCGUUUGUGUUUUGUGAUGGAAUAUGUUAAUGGGGGAGAGCUGUUUUUCCAUUUGUCGAGAGAGCGGGUGUUCUCCGAGGACCGCACACGUUUCUAUGGUGCAGAAAUUGUCUCUGCCUUGGACUAUCUACAUUCCGGAAAGAUUGUGUACCGUGAUCUCAAGUUGGAGAAUUUGAUGCUGGAUAAAGAUGGCCACAUAAAAAUCACAGAUUUUGGACUUUGCAAAGAAGGGAUCACUGAUGCAGCCACCAUGAAGACUUUCUGUGGUACACCAGAGUAUCUGGCACCAGAGGUAUUAGAAGAUAAUGACUAUGGCCGAGCCGUGGAUUGGUGGGGCCUUGGGGUUGUCAUGUAUGAAAUGAUGUGCGGGAGAUUACCUUUCUAUAACCAGGAUCAUGAGAAACUUUUUGAACUAAUUCUAAUGGAAGACAUUAAAUUUCCUCGAACACUCUCUUCAGAUGCAAAAUCAUUGCUUUCAGGGCUCUUGAUAAAGGAUCCAAAUAAACGCCUUGGUGGAGGACCAGAUGAUGCAAAAGAAAUUAUGAGACACAGUUUCUUUUCUGGAGUAAACUGGCAAGAUGUGUAUGAUAAAAAGCUUGUACCUCCUUUUAAGCCUCAAGUAACGUCUGAGACAGACACCAGAUAUUUUGAUGAAGAAUUUACAGCUCAGACUAUUACAAUAACACCGCCUGAAAAAUAUGAUGAGGACGGUAUGGACUGCAUGGACAAUGAGAGGCGGCCGCACUUCCCUCAAUUUUCCUACUCUGCAAGUGGACGAGAAUAAGUCUCUUUACUUCUGCUACUUCACUGUCAUCUUAGGUUUAUUACUGAAAAUGAUUCCUGGACAUCACAGCAGUCCUAACUCUUACAAAUGCAGGAGCACCUUCAGACAUCCCAGACCAGUCCAAGGUCUUCACCCCUCGCCGCCUUUCACACACAUGAGAAUACACAUAUACGCAGACACACUCGACAUUUUUGUUUUUGCAUGAAAUUGUAUCUCAGUCUAAGGUCUCAUGCUGUUGCUGCUACUGUCUUACUAUUAUAGCAACUUUAAGAGGUAAUUUUACAAUCCUUGAAAGUCAUGAGCCCACCAUUGUUCAUUUGUGCACCAACUGUCAUCUUUUGAUCUUUUAAUUUUUGUUUUUCCCUAACAGUGAAGGCUAAAUGAUUCUAGGUACAUUUUUUAACUU